UAAGAUGUUGCCAAAAUUACAUUAAAGUUCCUCUGUCUAGGCAGUGAGAACAUCUGAAGAUUUCAGUUUAAAUGAAGUCAAAAGAAGAUAAAAAUAAUUAGAGUUAGAAUCUUAGACCGUUGAGAAUAGAAUCAAAUAAUUAAAGAAAGAAAAUGAGAAACUGUCAAAAAAAGUAGAGAUGGCAGAACAAUUGGCUCUUGAUGUGUAUGCUUCACGACUUGCAUAGAAGAUGAAAGUAAUUAUUUCAGGUGUAAUAAAUAAAAUAGAAAGAACAGAAAUAGCAUCAACUAUCUCUGACUGAUCCAACUAAAUAUUAGUAAACCCAAUAUGAGAGAAUGCAUCUCAAAAAGAUGAAGUAGGAUGUAAAGGAGAUGAAACAUUAAGAUGCUUAAUUGAUGAAAAAUUCCAUUAAAUUCGAAUUGAUGAGAACAAAUGACGAGCAAAUUAAAAUUGCCUAAAACUUGAGGUUGAGAGCCACAUUGAAGAAGGAAGAGGAAAAACUGUCAUAAGCUGUUAUUCAAGAAAAGUUAUAUGAGAAAUAGCAGAAGGUGAGAUUGGAGUAGGAGAGGGAGAGAUAAAAGAUAAUUAUGGAAAAUGAAAAACAUGAAUACUCAAUAAAGCAAUUAGAAGCGUAGGAGUUGAAGUUAGUUGAAAAACUACAAGCAACAUAAUAAAGAGAGUUGGCUGUUAAGGAGAAGUUGAUGGCAGCUACGAGAUUGGCUCCUGAAGAUUUUGAUAGAACGUAUUUAGGGGGACAAUCUAUUAUUUGUGAUCCAGAAAAACAGGUAAAAAAUGCAUAUUAAGUAAAUAAGGAAUAAAAAUAAGAAGAGCAAAAAGAAUAGUAGGAAUAAUAGGAGGGCGGUUAAUAAGGAGAAGGAGGAUAGUCAGGAGAAGGAGGUUAAGGGACAUAAACUGAAUGAAUUGAUUUAUAACGAAG